AUGGCCGCCCGCGUGAGCGGCCUCCGCCACAGGCCGGCCCGCCCCGCCGUGCCCCGGCGGCCCCGGGCCGUACCAUCGCGCUGACGGCGGCGGGGGGAGAGGGGCGUGGGCUGCUCCCGCUGCCGCGCCGGAGCCGGACGGACUCAUGCGAUCGCGCGCGGGCAGAGCGCGCCGCGGGGCAGGGCUGGGCCUAUUUCUGCCUUUACUUACACUGCUGUAAAUCAGAAGUAGCUCCACCCAAGUCAUUGGAAUUGCAGCAGAUUUAUGUUGGAGAUGGAGAAAAAGAAGAUAGUGAUGAAAUCCAAAGUUGCUUCUUCGAACCUUCUGAGGGCGCUGCAUUCACUCUAUCAGUUCGGUCACCUCUGUGACGUGAUAGUCCACACCGAGCAGAUGGGAAUUCAAGAGGAGUUUCUGGUUCACAAGGCUGUAUUGGCAGCUUCCAGCAAUUACUUCAAGGGGCUGUUUCUUCAUGAUGAGAUGUUAGACACUAAGACCCGCACAGUGACUCUACAAGACAUUUAUACAGAAGAAUUCACUUCCUUCCUGGAGUUUGUUUAUACUGCCGAAGUAGAGAUUGAGGCAGAGAAAUUGCAUCGGAUGAAGGAAAUAGCUGAGAGACUUGAGUGCAAGGAUUUGCUUGAUAUUUGCGAAGAAAUGAACUCGGAGAGUAAGGAAGGCUUAGAUCCAAGUGUCCAUUUAAAAGGUCAGAUACACAAAAAUGGUGGGUCCCAGUGGGCUUAUGUCCCACAAACAGAAGACAGUGAACUGGGUAAUUCAUCCCCAUCUGGGGCAACACCGCUGCAAAGAAAACUGUGGGAUGGCCAGAAACACAGGAAAUUAUUAACCAGCUAUGAACUUGUGGAAUGUCAACCUACAGAUCCUAACAAGGAAGGGACUGCUCUUUCAGAGUCAACAGCUGGCAUGGCCAAGCUAGCUGAGCAUAACAAAACAGACACAAGUGAGAUGAUUGGCGUGGAUGCUGCCAGCCCAGGGGAAAAGAAGACCUGCUGUUCUGCCCCAAGCGAGCCAGACUCCAAGGAAACCUGCAUCGUCAUUAAAAAGCUGCUCCCUGCCCAAGGGGAAGAUGAAAAUACUUUAAUCUCGGAGCUGCCCAGUAAAUUUGAGCCCAGGAGGUCACUUCGCAAUGGAUCAAAAAUCUUGCCCCAAAUGUACACCUGUGAGAAGUGUAAUCAGUCAUUCCAUUUCAUCAAGCAGUACCAGUCACACAUGGAGCUGAAGCAUAAUAUUAACAUUGUCACCAAAUACAGCUGCAACCUAUGUGACCAGCUCUUCUCUAAUCGCCAGAACCUGAAACAGCACAAGCUCACUGUCCACAGUGAUGAGAGGCGCUUCCCUUGCAUGGCCUGUGACAAGAGAUUUAAGCGCCAGAAGGAUAUCAAUGACCAUGUUCGGAGGGUUCAUGAAAAGAAAAGGAGCCCUCAGGCAUGCCCAUACUGUGACAAGGUUAUCAGCUCCAAGUGCGGCCUCACAGUUCAUAUGCGCACACACACAGGGGAGAAGCCCUACAAAUGUGAACGCUGCCUUGCAAGCUUUGCUCAGAGAUCUGCUUACAAUACCCAUGUAAGGAAAAUACAUGAGUCUGGGCAAGACAGGAAGCAUACACCAAUCUACUGGACGGUCGUUCCACCUACAGUUAGACCAGAAGCAACAGACUGUGCAAUGGAUGUUAAUGAAGAAACUUGGCAUGGGGAGUCGGUUACUGGAUUGCAAAAAGGUGCUGGGAGCAAAGCAGCUAUGGGCACUGAAGAAGAACCUGGCAGCUCCUAUAAUGCAGAAGUAGACUGCAGCAAUGAAGGGAAAGAAAAGAUAGACAAAUAUGGGGAAGAUGAAGCAAAUGGGGAAGAAGGAAAUGAAGAUGAUGAUGAAGAUGAAGAAGAAACAAGUGUGAAGGGAGAAGACGCAGGUUGUUCUGAACUAGAGGACAGUAAAGAUAAUGAGUAUGUCUGUAAUGAUGAUGGUGGUGUUGAUGAUGAUGAUGACGACGACGACUACUCUAAUAGUAAUGAAGGUGAAGAGAAUGAUUCAGAUGAAGACUUGAAAAUAAAGAAGGCUAAAAAAGGCAGGGUAGGAAAGAAGUCUGCCUAUGUUAUAACAUGUGAUAAAUGUGCUGAGCAGUUUGUUUCUCGGAAAAAAUAUGUGGAUCACUGCAAAGAAGUCCAUCAAUCCUUGCCUGGCAAAGUCUAUCAGUGCGAUAUCUGUAGCAAGUCAUUUGCUAGCUACAACAGCUGGAAAGAGCACAGAGCCUGUGUCCACACUGAAGAAAGGCAGUUUGCUUGCACCCUCUGCGAUGCUACCUUUAAAAGAAAAAGAGAUGUGAGGACACAUUACAUGCGGAAACAUGAAGGCAGAGUCAAGCGCCCUCUCUGUUCUGUCUGCGGGAAGAUCUUGAGCUCACGAACAGCGCUGAUGUUUCACAUGCGGACACACACAGGGGAGAAACCAUACGAAUGCAGCGUUUGUCAUAACAAGUUUGCUCAGCCCUCCCAGCUUAAAAUCCAUACCAGGUCCCAUACAGGAGAAAAGCCAUACGUAUGUGAAGACUGUGGAGCUUGUUUUGUUGAUAAAGGCAAACUAAAUAGCCACAAGAGGACGCAUACAGGAGAGCGUCAGUUUAAGUGUGAUGUAUGUGGGAAACAUUUUGCCACCAAUGAAUACUUGAAGUGCCACAAGCGAUGCCAUAUGGGAGCCAAGCCAUACAAGUGCAAUGUUUGUGGGAAGACAUUUGGAUUGAGAGCCUCGUUAGCCCAACACGUUAAUGUCCAUGCAGAGACUCGUCCCUAUUUCUGUGAACAGUGUGGAAAAACAUUUACUCAGCAAGGAGCUCUCAGGCGCCACCAGCGGAUUCACACUGGAGAAAAACCAUACAAAUGUAGAGCUUGCGAGAGAACCUUUACAGACAUGUCCACCUUGAGGAGACACGUAUCGGUUCAUGACCGGAAUGCCCACUGGAGGAGUUUCUUAAUAGAUCUUACUAGCAAAAAAGACCAUAAUUGGUCCAAAAUAGAAACCUUAUCAGAGGUCCGCAGGGGGGAAGAGUCAGCACCAGAAGUCUGGUCAGUUGACCAAGGUACACUUUACAAACCAGAAAUCAAUAGCAUGAAGAAAGCUGAACAUAUGCCAUCUAGCAUUAACAACACUCAAGAAGCUGAUCAUUCCAAUUUAUACUUGUAAUUACUGUAACCAGAAAACUGUAAAAUGUCUUCAUACAAUGUAGCUGCUCCAUUUUUUUAAACUAUGGAAGAUAUGGUCUCUUCUUUUUACAGGUCAUAUAAUACAUUGUAGUCAGAGAAGGAUUCAUAUUCUUAACAGUAGUCUUUAUACCCUUUAGGUUUUAGAACUGUAUACAGUUUUAUUUUUUAAAAUCUUGAAUAUAUCACCCAGUAAAAUGCUCAUUUAUGAAAAUAUACAUAUGUAUGUGUGUGUAUGUAUGUGUAUACACACAUAUACAUACAUAGUGUUCUAUAAACUGUUGUAUGCCUUUAUAAUAAAGAUACUAUGAUUAGAACACCUCAUAUAAAAUGAUCAUCGAUGCUGGAGCUAUUUGAUUUGUAUGUAUUUUAUCGUAGAAUUUUAGCUUUCUUGAUAAAUGCAGAAUCGUUAAAAUAUUUGCUGUGAAAUAUUAUAAACCAACUGGGACACAGCUGUUUAAUGAUUGAAAAAAGCCUGUGGUAUAUGUACGCUGCUUCACAGCUUUAUUCAUUUCAUUCUGUCUUGAGUCUGUGAUUUUUGCAUUUGUCUUCUAGGCAUAAUUUCCUUGUGUGCUUAAAGUAAAAUUCUAAAAUGCUUGUUUUUAAAAAGUGAGGGGUAAGCACACAGGUCCAUUUGGAUAAUAAAUAAGAAGAACUUGUGAA